UCCUAACGUACGGUUCGCCAAUUCGCCACGUUGGAAGAAGUUGACGGGUAGCUACUGCUUGUUUGACAUUAGGGACUGUGUUUUGUAAACUUUACAACCCAGGCCAGGAGAUAUACGUAACACGUGUUACGAUUUGAUAGCAGUAGGUCGCUGAACUUUCGAAUCAAGAGCAACAUAAUUAUAUACACCCAAGAUGAAGGUAAAAGAGUUGCUCAAGACUGUCAAUGUAGCAUGGUCACCAGCAGCUCAACAUCCCAUAUUAUUAGCUGCAGGAACUGCAGCCCAACAACUUGAUGCAAGUUUUAACACAUCUGCUAGCUUAGAUUUAUACUCAUUGAAUCUGCAACAACCAGGAUAUGAUUUGGAAUUAAAAGCUAGUGUUGCAAGUGACCAUAGAUUUCAUAAAAUAAUAUGGGGUUCAUACGGUAAUAAUCCAGCUGGCAUAAUUGUUGGAGGCUGUGAUUAUGGCAUGAUAAAGAUUUAUUCAGCUGCAAAAAUGCUAGCUAAUGAUAGUAACUAUUUAAUAAGCAGUCCAGAUAGACAUACUGGUCCAGUCAGAGCACUUGACUUUAAUCCUUUCCAAGCAAAUUUAUUAGCAACAGGUGCAACAGAAAGUGAAAUUUAUAUAUGGGAUAUUGUUAAUACAACCACUCCAAUGACUCCUGGGUCUAGAAGUCAGCCAUUAGAGGAUGUGCAACAUAUUGCAUGGAACAAGCAAGUGCAACACAUUCUUGCUUCCACAUUUUCUCAACGUUGUGUCAUAUGGGAUCUAAGAAAAAAUGAACCUAUAAUCAAAUUAACAGAUGCAAAUUCAAAAGUAAGGUGGAAAGUGGUCCAGUGGCAUCCAGAUGUUGCAACACAGUUGUGCCUGGCAUCAGAGGAUGAUCAGGCCCCUGUAAUUGAAUUAUGGGAUUUGAGGUUUGCAACAUCACCUUUAAAAAUGUUCCAAAAUCAUCAACGUGGAGUUUUAUCAAUUGCAUGGAAUCCACAUGAUCCAGACUUGCUUUUAAGCUGUGCCAAAGACAACAGAAUAUUGUGCUGGAAUCCUAAUUCCGAUGCACCUAAUGGAGAAGUGAUUUGUGAAUUAGCACAAACGAAUCAAUGGAAUUUUGACGUUUCGUGGUGUCCGAGGCAUCCAGGAUUAGUAGUGGGAACCAGUUUCGACGGUCAUGCAGCAGUUUAUUCCUUAUUAGGUGGACAACAACAGUUGUCUGUAGAAACGUCCAACAAAAUUGUAGACUCUUUUCCCGGAAUGGAUCCUUUUACACAACCACCUUCUGCAGUCCAGGCAGAACCCGCGGUUGUAUUGACAAAGGCUCCAAAAUGGUUAAAAAGGCCAUUUGGCUCAUCCUUUGGAUUUGGUGGGAAGUUGAUAAUAUUUGAAAAUGGACCUAUAGAUCCCAAUCUACCUCCAAAUUCAAAUAGGAAAGUCAUCAUAUCACAAGUAGUCACGCAACCGGAUUUAAUCCAACGUUCAAACGAACUGGAGGAAGUUCUUAAAACUGAGCAAUACAGUGAUUACUGUAAAGGCAAGGUCGAUCAAACUGAUGAUGUACAUAGAAAAAAGAUAUGGAAUUGUGUGGGUGCAUAUUUUGGUGAAAAUGUGACAAAAGAUAUAUUAAACUUACUGGGAUAUGAUAUAGAAACGAUGAAUAACAAAUUAAAUCAGUACAUACCUCAAGAUGAGAUCAGCAACAUUACCGAAGGUGUUGGUAACUUGAAUAAUGUAGCUAAUGGAAAUGUUGUUGAUGGAUGUGCGGCAUUUGAUGCCAUCGCGCAAGAGAGCAAGAAAACAACCGCGGAUGCGCUCAGAAAUAAUAAUAUCGAAAUAAACGUAUCUGAUGAUGAGGAUGGGCUUAUAACUCAAGCAAUCCUCUUAGGGAACAUUGAAGCCGCUGUGUCUUUGUGUUUUGCAAAUAAAAGGUACGCAGAUGCAGUCAUUCUUUCAAUGGCUGCUGGACCCGACUUGUUAGCACGUACCCAGUACAGAUACUUUUCAGAACAUUCGGGUGCUCUUAAUUCUCUUAUCAAUUCAUUAGUUAGCGAAAAUUGGGCUGAGGUGAUUAAAAAUGCCAAUAUAAAUUGCUGGAAAGAAGUAUUGAUCGGAAUAUUUACUCAUUCUAAUCCACAAGAGCGCUCUACGUUAUGCGAUAUGCUCGGAGACCGAUUAGCAUCGUCUGAUGAUCCAGCGCUUGAAGAACAAGCUCAGAUCUGCUACAUUUGUUCUGGUAAUUUGAAUAAAAUGAUUGAAUCAUCCAACGCUGAAAUUCAAGAAGUCGUUGAAUUGGUAGUUUUAAUGCAAAAAGCUUUGGAAACGCAGGGUAUUAGAGACGUACAAAUAGAAGGGAAGAUUGCAAAUGUUUUAUCUCAGUAUGCCGAAAUGUUAGCGGCAGAAGGUGAUCUCGAUGCUGCACUGAAUUAUCUUGGAAACAGUCAAGAUGAAAAUGUUAUGAUGUUAAAAGAUCGUCUAUGCAGAGCCUUAGGCUACAUUCAGGAAUCGAAAGUCGUGCCGAAAGCGCCAGCGGUACAAAAUUAUUACGAUCGAACAAGAAGACCUAUGCAGGUUGCACAAAAUCCACUACACGCUGCAACGCAACAAGCAAGACCUUUCUUCGAUUCGAAUGUUGCCCCUACAAAACAAUCUUUCGUGCCACCUCCAAACCAAUUUAAUACCCAGCAGCAACAACAACAACCUUUCGGAAUAUCUCCACUCCAACCUCAUGUACAAUCUAUGCAAUACGAUCAAAUGCCCAACACUUACACUUCGUCAGCUAUGACUCAACCACCUCCUCCACCACCUCCUACAACUGGAUCAAGCGGAAUAGGAUCUCGACCGCCCAGUGUUGGGCCUCAAACAAGAUCGAAAUACUUAAUAGAUCCAUCUGUGAAAUCUCCUUCAACAUACGGACAAUCUGGUUUCCCUCAGCAAACAUCGAUGUACAAUAGUCAACAACAGGUUUCUCCGUUGCAAGGCUACCCUGCGCCGAACGUGUACCAGCCUCAAAUACCUGUUCCUACAAAUGCAUAUCCUGGACAAAACUUCCCGACUAUGCCAAAAGAACCUGAACCCUUUAAACCAAUUCAGCCAAGCGUAUUAACGCCAAUGCAGAAUCCGCCACAGGGUCAAAUUUAUGAACCAAUUAAGACCCAACCGCUUCCACAGACUUCAAUGUAUGGAAACGAGAAUCAACCACCACCGGUCGAUCGUUCGAUCGCUUAUCAGCUACCACCGCAACCUGCCGGAUGGAACGACCCACCAGCUGCAAAAUCCAGAAUGCAGCCAGUACUGGCAUUAUGCAACAAAAAUGAAAUGUCUGCGGAACAUGCCGGUACCCGGAAAUGGAAAGAAAAACAUUCGAAGAAUGUGAAUACGAAGUCAAAGCCAGACUACCAGACUCAGAAUCCAAUUUUGCAUCCAUUGAGGGGUGCUAUGCCUCAAUCAGAACCAAAUGUUUCACAGCAAGAAAAAUAUUAUCCUGAAACGCAAGUACCUUACAAUCCACAGCAAUAUACUCAGAAUAUUCAGAACGUUCAAAAUAUCGGCGCUCAGUUUGCCAAACCAAUGGAACCUGUGCAACCUGCAGCAAUGGCCAGAGCACCAGAGCCAGAGAAACCAAAACCACCGAUACCGGAGCAACAUGUGCACUUAAAAACAGUAUUUGAUGAAUUAAAAAAUCAGUGCUUCGAGAAUGCGAAGAAUCCACAAAUUAAAAGGAAAAUAGAAGAUGUAUCUAAGAAACUUGAAGUUUUAUAUGAUUGCCUUAGAGAAAAUAAGUUAUCCCAAAACACAUUGCAAGGACUACAUCAAAUAUCACAGAUGGUACAAAGCGGAAAUUAUACCGGAUGUUUAGAUCUUCAUACACAAUUAGUAUCAGGUCCAGAUUUCAGUCAAAUAUCUUCUUUUAUGCCUGGAAUUAAAGUAUUAUUGCUAAGUGCCCUUCAACUAAAUGUCUAUAUUAGAUAGAAUGCAAUAUACAAAAUCGGUAAUAUUUACAUUUAA